GAAACAUGGACGGCCAGUGGAGGGAAAUAAAUAUGGAGCCAUAUGCAAUUAUUGUGGCCAAGUGAUACGGAGUGGGGGAGUGUCUAGGCUAAAGGAACAUUUGGCAGGGGGAUACAAGAAUGUGAAAGACUGUCCAAGUGUAACAAGGCCAGUGAGAGAGGAGAUGAGAAGAGUCUUAACUGAAGCGAAGUCACGCAAGCUGCAGCAAAGAGAUUGGGAGAGGGAUAUGAGGGAGGAGCUACGAGGCACUGGAUGGGGCCUAGGUGCUAUCGACGAGCACGAUGAUGACGACGAUGAGGGGAUUGUGUACCCCGAUGACUGUGUUACGGCUCGAGAAAGGAGUGAUUUUAGACAAGUGAUUCGUGAGUCUCGGGCUUCAGAGUGGGAGGGAGAGCAAAGAAGACGGAUUGAUGAGAGUAGGCCGUCGUUUGGGACGUCCCGACAUGAGGCUGGUGGGAGUAGCAGACGAUUUGAGGGAGGCAGCAGGCAUGGCCUACAACGCACGCAAAGCGCUCGUGUCCCAGAUGCACCCAUCGCAGGUGUUAAUCAAAAAAGAUUAAAAAAUAUGUGGAGCAAGGGGCUCAGGGAGAAAGUAGGUGGCGCUAUAUCUAGGUGGUUCAUCUCGAGCCAUGUACCAGCAAAUGCAGCAGCCAGUCCUCACUUCAAAAAUAUGAUUGAGGAGGUGCAGCGUGCCGGGCCCGGCGUGAAGCCUCCCACGCCACAGGAGAUUCUUGGCGUCUACCUCGAUCGGGAGCACGAGGAGAUGCAGGCUUGGGUACGUGGACUCAAGCCGAAUUGGAAGCAGUAUGGGGUAACAAUCAUGUGUGAUGGGUGGACAGGACCCACGAAAUUGUCCAUUAUCAAUUUCAUGGUGUACUGUAGAGGACAACCGGUUUUCCUCAAAUCCAUUGAUGCAUCGGCCAGAAUAAAAGAUCACGAAUACAUAUAUGCUCUCUUGAAAGGAGUGAUUAGAGAUGUUGAGUCCCAGAAUGUUGUCCAAGUUGUGACGGAUAAUGGCAGUGCGUUCGUUAAGGCGGGGAGGAAAUUGAUGCGGAAGUUCAAUAUCUAUUGGACCCCGUGUGCCGCACACUGCAUUGAUUUAAUGCUUGAGGAGAUUGGCCAGAGGGAUUCUGUCAGGAAAACCAUCCAGGAUGCGAGGAAAGUGACAAACUUUAUAUACAAUCACUCAUGGUUGUUGGCUGCAAUGCGUGAGUGUUGUGGAGGGGACAUCGUUAGACCAGGCGCGACACGAUUCGCCACGAACUUCAUUGCACUUGACAGCUUAUACAGGCACCGCGUGGGUCUCAGAAAUUUGUUCAGAUCCGAGAGAUACAUGGAGUGGAAUCAGAAGAAGACUGAGGGUGCAAAGAUAUGUUCAAAUAUAGUGCUUUCCGAUGCCUUCUGGGAUAAAGUUCACAACGUUGUUUCCUUCCUGCAUCCGAUGUACAAGGUCCUACGAGCCGUAGAUAAUGAGAUGUGGCCUUCGAUGGGGUCAAUGUAUGAGCUUAUGAGAAUUAUGAGACAGGGGAUAAUGACUGCAAUCCCUACUUCGUAUCAGUGGGUGAUCGAUAUCAUCGAUCGUCGAUGGACUGGGACUCUCGAGCAUCCACUCCACCAAGCUGCAUACUACCUGAAUCCCAAAUUUCAUUAUAAACGUCGGCUCCAUGAGAAUCAAGAUUUGACGAUGGUCGUUCACGAGGCGUUCGGACGAUUGUUCCCAGAAUCGACAGCGCAAGCAGAUUUCGGUAACCAGGUAAUGCAAUAAAUUUUCUUCAUUAUAGC